UACCCAGUCCCCACUGACGCGGGGGAGUGCUCACGACUCCUUGCCUGCAGCAGUAGGCUUGCGUGCGCAGAGCCAGAGGCACCUCGGGCUCUGAAGUGCGCUGGGACCUGGACGGGCUGGCGGCUAGUCCCGCUAGUCAGUCUUCAUCUCUCCUCUGCCUGACUAGCACACUGAGGCUGGUAGGCUCCCAGCUUUCCAGUCCUUCUCCGGAUAAAACGUUCUAAGGUGGAACCAGCUUCUGUUUGCAAGGAUUUGGAAAAGGACUUCAUUAUCUAUAUCCUUUCUGGUCUCUCGGGACCUGUUUAGUCCUUCUCCCUAAACAAAAAUGAACACCUCUGUCCUGUUACAAAUGGAAAGUACCAUUGAUUGGCUCCAACAAAAUGUCAGUUGGGCUCCAUUCCUUGAGGAUGACAGUUGCAAUUACACCAGUCUGAAUGGAACCAAUGUCUCAAGUGCAGAGUGGGGAGGGGCAGCAGGAAGAGUCAGGAAGUGGAUAGGGGGCAAUCCCCACAUCAUGGCAAAGAUUGUGCUGACAUUCGCAUAUGCUGUCAUCAUAAUGAUAUCCCUCUUUGGCAACUCUCUGGUAUGCCAAGUUUUUGUCAAGCACAAAGAAAUCAAGAAAUCAACAGGCCUUCUCAUCUUCAAUCUGGCGAUAUCUGACAUUUUGAUAAUCCUGCUCAACAGUCCAUUUGCUCUGGCUCGUUUCCUGACUGGACAGUGGGUAUUUGGUAGGAUUAUGUGUCAUAUCAGUCGUUUUGCUCAGUACUGCUCCCUCCACGUUUCCACUCUUACACUGAUGGCAGUUGCCAUGGACCGGCACCGGGUAAUUCUGCACCCAAUGAAACCAAGGCUAACACACCACCAGAGCUUAACGGUUGUUGGUGUGAUCUGGAGUAUUGCAGUGUUCCUUGCUCUUCCGCAUGCAAUUUACCAAAAUGUGACCACUUACAUCGGCAUGGAUGGCACCACCAGGAGCUACUGCCUCCCUGCCUUUCCUGGACCGAGUCAGGAGGUUUCGAAGUAUGUGGACCUCGGGACAUUUGUCUUGCUGUACAUCCUGCCACUUCUGGUGAUUGUUGUAACCUAUUCUCACCUAGGAAAGAGGUUGUGGCUACAAAAUGCCAUCGGUGAUGCAUCUGCUCGUCAACUUAUGGCACACUACCAGAAGCGGAAGAAGAGCAUCAGGAUGCUGAUACUUAUUGUGUUGGUCUUUGCAGUUUGUUGGUUUCCACUUAAUUUCUAUGUGGUUCUUAUUUCCAAUGCAGGUGUAGAAAAUGAUAGUGUGGUCUUCUAUGGCUUUCACUGGUUUGCAAUGAGCAGCACUUGCUACAAUCCUUUCAUCUACUGCUGGCUCAAUAGGAGCUUCCGUGCCAAACUAAGAUCUAUAUCAUCUUUCAGGAUGCAGUCACUGUUUUUAUGUAGCAGGUCCCAGGUUCAGCAAAUCAAGCCAAAGGAGAGUCAUGAGCUGCGAGAACUCCGGACAUCUUCGCUGCUGCGAGUUCCCCUGGCUGUUCCAGAGCCCCAGGUAUUUGAGGAUCCCAGUAUGGCUACAGGGGAUAAUUCCCAAGUUUCUGUUCAAGGGGAUUGGGAAGAUCCAGAUCCCUCCAUAGAUGAAGAGGCGGCAGCAGUAGCAGGGCCCUCAACCCAGGAUCCUUACUUUUGCAUUCACAUGAAGACCACCAGACACUAAGCUGGGCACCCAUCUGAUCCAAUGCAAUCUUGCUUAAUAAGUACCUUCUCCCAGACAAUUCAGUCAGAGAUGGGGUAACCUUUAACUUAGAUAUUGAGUCCAACGCUUUAGUAUCGUGUGCACCCUCACAGAUCCGUCUCUCUGGAUCUUUUUAUGGUUUUGAGUCUUAGUUCUGGCAUCAGAAUUCUACUUAAGUCCACUGUACCAUAAUGUGGACAACUGACUGUGCCAGACCCUGAAGGAAUUUGUUGACUUACUUAGCUUCCUUGCUUUGCAGAUAAAUGUAUGAGAACAACAUUUCCUGAAUAAGAUUCUUUCUUUGCCUCCAGCUUUUACCUGUGAUUAUUGCUAGUAGUGAUAGUGAGAUGGAGGAACUGUGAGUGAAAGAGGUCUGUGUACAGAAUUAUUAAGAAGACUACUUGGUAGCCCCUCUCUGCCAAUAGGAACACCCUUUUCUUCACUGCCCUUGUGCACCGACUUGGCGCUCUCAUGUAAAUUACUUUGUGCAUCAACUUAGUCUGAGGCAAAUACUCAUAAUAAGGAACAAGAGAUACUGAUGAAUGACUGGACUUCUAUUACCCCAUCUUUGUAAAUGUGACGCUGUAAGCUCAGUCUAAAGAUCUUUGAUUUUAGACUAAUUUCCCACGCUUCAGAUAUCUCAUCUUGUCUACAACUGUGGACUUUAUCUGGAGGAACUACUUGGAAUUUGUACUAGCUAAUUUAACUAAUGUAUACUGGCAUAUGUGGUCUCUGAUGAAUUUAUGGACCUUUCCUAUCAGAACUGGCCAUCUGAGUUGAUUAUUCACUGACUUUCGGUCAUACCUUUAUCCUAAUACUUUCACAACAAGCAGAGCAGCAUCUCCAACCCCCCCCCCAACUAUUCCCUAUCAACUAUAAUUUGUUGCAUCUUAACAUGACAUAAUCAAGUGCAUACAUGCACACACAUGCAUACAUUUUUAUGUUAACACAGGUAUAAGCUUGUAAAUAUUGCUCCUUGUUACCUCUCAUGAUAUCCACCUGCCUGGUGCUCUCACUUAUUUCUACCUGUAAUUUUCAUGCUAACUGAGCCUAGACAAGAUUUCAUGCCUUAAAGUGAAGUCUUGAAGGCUCUGAGAGUGUGGCAACUUUUUGCCUCUGGAAUCAGCAUUUCGUUAUAGUUGGUGCUUCAUGUGUUUGUUUGAUUUGGUUUGAUUUUUUGGUGUUGUAUAUCUCCCUGUGAAAAUUGUACAGAUUCAUAUCCUAAUUUGUGCUCUUAUGUGCUAAUUCCAUUUCUUCGCUAUUUCUAUGCUUUUCUCUAACCAUAUCAAGUUAUCGCUUAUGAGUGGCUUUCAUUUUAUUUCGCUUUCUCAUAUACUCAUUUCAACUCAAUUCAUUUUAAUUAAUAAUCUAUAUUCUUUUUUGUUAAUUAUGUCAGUCUCACACAUGGGGUGUGUUAUACACUCCUGUUCAGAAGUACACUCAUAGAAUAUAACACUGCUUCUCUCUCCUUCCAACAUUUCAUCCGGGUGCUCACUUUUCCAUAUUUGUUUGUUCUGGUGUCUCUAAUAUUGGAUUUUGGUUGCUGCCUUAACCAGAGGUUCACAACUUCUUGUGCUGAGGCUCAUCAUCUCUUCACUAGUUGAAGCCUCCUCAUUUCCGGUGCUUUGUUCCAUUGUAGACUUUCUGUUUGCUUCCCCUGCUUUGCUUUCUCUCUCUCCCCCUCCCCCUCACACCCACCUCUCCCUCCUCUGCUUCCCUCCCUCCCUCCCUCCCUCCCUCCCCCCCUCCUCUCCUUGGUGUUGAUCUAAGUCUAAUACUAAUUCAUUAUUCCUUUUCUGCUUUUCCCUGUACACAGAUAUCCCUCUUUCAGUCUUCACUUUUUUGUCACAGAGAUUCCCUUCCUACCCCAGACAAGAGUGAACACGAGUGAACAUUCUUGUUCUUGUGUAUUAUGCUGGCUUAGAAAAUCCAUCAGAGGGCACCAUGCACGAGAAUAUUGAGAAGAGUCUAACAGUUUCCUUGAGAUCUCAGCAUUCCUUAAUGAGAUUGUUCUUUCUAGCUGAAUUGUUUGCUUAUACUUUCAUUGUGAAUAGUUAUAAUUUAAUAUCUGAUUAUAAAUGUAGGCAUUAGUAUCUGCUUAUAAAUUUAAGAGCUAUAUCAUUGUGAACUGAUUUCAGCUAACUUUAUGUAGAAUACAAAUUUAUUCAUGGCCACAAACUUUACCUUAGGUAUGGGACCUUUGGUGAUCUAAUUGAUUUACUUUAGCAGACAGUGAAUGGCUCCAAGAAACGUGUUACUGAAAGAAAUUUCACACAUCAUCUGUACAAGUAAAAGCACCUUGUGCUUUGAUUUUGAUGUAAGGCAAGAAGUCUCUAGUGGAUACAAGCCCAAGACUCAGAAUACUGGGACAAGGAUUUUAUUUGCUCUGAUUCAACUAUUUGUGUGACCUUAGGCAAGUCAUGUGGCCUUAGUGUGCCCCAGUUUCCUCAUCUAUAAACGGUGGUUAAUAAUACCUUAUAGGGCUAUUGUAAGAGUUAUCUGUGAUAACAGGUAUUAUUGUUGUUAAUAGGCUUAUUUUCCUGUUACCCACCUUGUGAUUAUUGCUGUUAUUAUUACUCUAAUUGUAAAUGUUACUAUUGUUAUUGUUAAAUAUUGUUAAAUUGAUAUUGCUGUGCUCCCCUUGAAGUGCUGACCUGUAUACAACUAAGAAGGCUAUGCAGGUAAUUAAGAAAAUACUACUUGAUAUAUCUCAUUGGGGAAAAAGAAAAGCUUCUACUGCCUGUUUAGAUUACUUGAAACUAGGUUGGACAGAAUACUGCUGAGAGGAAAAAGAUUUCCAGAGCAGAGACAGAGACACUAGCUGAAUUCUAGACAACUGAACAAAAGAAGUACAUGCCAAGUAAUAAGCAGAUGGAUAAUUUUGAGUUAGUCUCUCAAGUAGGUUUUUCAGAAUUUUAGCAUUUCUGCUCUGAGAAGAGCGGCAGAUAAGGAAUCAAAGGACAAAACUUGAAAGAGGUGAAGUGUUUACAAAGUAUAGAAAUGACACAGGGUUUCUAUUCUGAAUUGUCAUCUCUUUUCUAAGAACUCCCUUUAUUUAUGAUUCAAUGUAAUUCUCAAUAAUUGUAUUACAUAUUUAUAUUUGUUAAUGUUUUAGAUAUCAUAGUAAUAUAUUAAGUGUAAUAGUACUCAUUACGGUGCUCUUCUGAAGUGUGCUUAAUGUGUUUUAUGGUGUUAUAUUUAAUCAUUUUCCUGCCAAAAUAGUUCGCAAACAAACAAACUGCAAAAAAGUAGAAAAAAAUCCCUAAGUUUUAUUUAUGUGUGUUUGUUUAUAUGGAA